AUGAGAGUUCUUGCCUUGGAUAAUUUCUUUUUCUUUUUCUUUGUUCUUUCUGACUUCCUUUGCGGCUCAACUCUCCAUGUUUCCACCUUCUUCCUUCAACCUCUGUCUCUCUGUUACUGCCAAACAAAACGCACCCCUCGCUUCCGGGGAUAUGGAAGGCGUAAUGGGGGGAGAAGAAGGAAGUCUGUUCGUGGAUGCAUUGUUAGCCAUGACCUGUCUGUUUUGAACUUGGUUGUAGUGAAGAAGGGUGAGAAUGAAUUGCCUGGGCUGACUGACACUGAAAAGACAAGGAUGAGAGGUCCAAAGAGGGCAUCCAAGAUUAGGAAGCUCUUUAACUUGUCCAAAGAAGAUGAUGUCCGGAAGUACGUCAACAGUUACAGGAGGACUUUCACAACAAAAUCUGGCAAGAAGGUCAGUAAAGCUCCAAAAAUCCAGAGGUUGGCAACUCCAUUGACACUCCAGAGGAAGCUAACUAGAAUUGCAGAGAAGAAGAAAAGAAUUACAAAGGCCAAGGCUGAGGCAGCUGAGUACCAGAAAUUGCUUGCCAUGAGGUUGAAGGAGCAGAGGGAGCGCGGUAGUGAGAGUUUAGCAAAGAGGAGUUCCAAGCUCUCUGCUGCUUCUAAGCCUUCUGUUGUGGCUUAGACUGCUUUUUAAGUUUUGAUAAACAGUGGGCCUUGUCAGUACUUGGUUUUUGUAGUGUUAUAUGCCGAUCGUUUUGCCUAGUAUUAGAUAUUUUGAAUAGUGAAGACCCAGAGUUAGCUUAGGCUUUUUUGUGAAUUCUGAGUUUGGUAUCCUAUCUAUUAUGUUAUUUUAUGUGGUCUACACUUAUGCCUUGAGGAUGUGCUCCUUUGGCAUGGCAGAUCUGUUUAUUGUGUUUAAAUUGUAGCCUUAUAGUAUAAAUAUAUGUUAUUAUGUGUCGCACGCAUGCCGUCCUCAAUAUUGAGUUUUCCCUCA